AUCGGAUCGCGCGCGUCGUUUCGCGAGAGGUGAACCUUUUACACGCGCAUCGAGUCACUAGCGCGCGUACGCGUAUCUUCGCCAGUUGGGUCGUCGACGCCGGAUGGCACAAGUUUGUUAAAGUCGAGGGUUCGAUUGUCAUUCCGCGAGGGGUGGGCACAUUUAGUUUUUAUUCUGUUUUGCCGUGCGUUGCGGGAAGCGGGUCGAGGUUUCGCGGGAAGCGCCUGCGCGGUCAAUAUUCGGCGUGUUGUCAGUGAAACGUGUUUGUGUAUUUGAGCCCUUUUGUUGUACCACGCACCGGUCGGGAUGUGUUGUGGUCCGCGACGACGAGUCCAGUUUAUUUCGAUUUAAUCCGGUCCACUACAGCUGAUGGUUUCCGAAUUCGGUCAAAUAUUGUGAAUAGUGAUCCAGUUCAUCAUCGGUGUACCGCUCGGAGUUGGGUCGAAGCGUAAUUCCGGUCUAGCCCGCUUGUUCCAGUUUCAGUUUUGAAUUUCAAAAAGUAAACAAAAGCAACGGGGUUUGUGUGUGAUUCAUUCUGGGAACGUGCGCGGAAAGGACGAGCAUCCGGAGACGGAUUUUGUGAAUGAAAGUUUUCCAAGGUAUCCGUUCGACGCCAGGAUUCUGCUCCUUGUUCCCUCUCCAGCAUAAAUUUUGUUUCGUAUCACCACCCUCUUUCGGUCUUCGGGGAAACGAAUCCCAUGGAAGGCGCCAGCCAGCAUUGGUCAUAAUAUUAAAUUUGUGAGUGGAUAAGAAGAAAAAAACGUGCAAUAAAAAUAAUAUAUUCGUCCUUUCGCAAGCGUGAGUGUUUCUAGAAAAUGUACGACUCGUGUCUUGGAGUAAAGUAAAACGCGAAGCUGAUUAAAGGUGCUGGCCAUUAACGGGCUACAUGGGCCGGGGGGAAUGGGCGGAUCUCACAACGGCGGGAAGAGUGGAUACAAGUUGUUUCGAUUGUCCCGCGGCUACGGAGUAAAAAAUAUAUAAAAAGCAUACCUACAUAUAUCCGUUGGUAAGAGCCGGUUUGAAGUGAUAUAAUAAGUGCUAUUUGGAAGGCUUUUGUGGUGUCUAAUAAAAUCAAUACGAAAGCCGUGAUGGCCAGUAGUGGGCGAAAGAUGUGCCAGAAGCGUUGGAAUACGUUAUCGCUACCGGUGUUCUGUGGCAUGUUCCUGGCACCCUACUGCUGGAUUAGUUUGAUCUCCGGUUUACCAUUCGAAACGUCCCGGUCUGGUGGUGGGCAGCCAAAGUCGUGGGACUUCGACGAUAAUGUGCAAAAUUACUUGAUGGAGUUUGGCUAUCUACCUAAGUCGAACAUCGAAACGGGGAACCUUCGAACGAUGGACCAACUGAAGGAGGCGGUGAGACAGCUGCAGUCCUUUGCCAAUCUGGAGCCGACGGGGGACAUCAACCGGGAAACGUUGGAACUGAUGCGGAGGCCUCGUUGCGGGGCCCCGGAUCUUCCCAACUCACCGGAUUUCCUACCAUCGAACAGUUUGAACCCCCGGCACUAUCAACACCGGCGGCAUCGGCGGUUCGUGAUCCAGGGCCAGAAGUGGGAGCAUCCCAUCGUAACUUGGAGGUAGGUGGUUUGUGUCUUUGUCACGCAGACGACAGCCGACAGACGGCAAUCAGAUAGAAACAAUCAAUUCAGGCGUGGGAAAUGAGAGUCUU